AUGCCCGCACCGCCCUCCCUCCAAUUCCCCGUGGGCAGUCCCCGUUUCCCCACGGACGCCGCCCGCCGAUCCCCCUCGUUCCCUCCCCGGUGCCCCGUGUCCCCUGGCCGGUCCCGCCGCCCGGAGCCCCGUUCCCGUUCCCGGCGUGCCCGUUCCCCGCUCCGGGGGCGGCCCGUCCCGCCGGUCCCGCCCCGCCCGGUCCCGUCGCCGGCCCGCGGCUCCCCGGCCGGGCUGGAGCAGAAGCUGCCGCACGUGGAGAGCUACGAGACGGUGCUGCCGCGGGAGCUGCCGGUGCCCCGGGCCAAGCGGGAGCUCUCCGCCCCUCCGAGCACCUACCCAAGCCACGUCCUCUACGGCAUCCGUGCUGAAGGCAGGGAGCACCUCCUGUGGCUGGAGAAGAACAGGGCCCUGCUGGGGCAGCACUACACCGAGACUCACUACUCUGCCGAUGGCUCGGAGAUCACGGAGCAGCCGGACACCCAGGAUCACUGCUUCUACCAGGGCCACGUGCGGGGACAGCCCGACUCGGCAGCGAGCAUCAGCACCUGCGGCGGCCUCAGUGGGUUUUUCCGCGUGAAUGGGACCACGUUCGUGCUGGAGCCGCUGGAGGGGGCCGUGGCCGGCCGGCACGCCGUGUACCGGGCUGCUCACCUGCGGGGCAAGCGCGGCACCUGCCGGGAGCCCGGCGCCACCCUGCGCUACGACCGCGAGCCCAAAACCCCGGCAGCCAUGAAGCUGCACCGCUGGAAAUCAGGUCCGGUACAAAAGGGUCCCCGGUACGUGGAGCUGGUGCUGGUGGCAGACAACCAGGAGUUCAGGAAGCACAAGGACCUCCGCACCGUGCAGAACCGCAUGAAGGAAAUCGUGAACCACGUGGACAAGCUCUACCAGCCUCUUCGCCUGCGGGUGGCCCUGAUUGGCCUGGAGGUGUGGAACCACAGGGACAAGAUCACAGUCAGCCCCAACCCCGAGGUGACACUGGACAACUUCCUGCACUGGCGGGAGUCGGAGCUGCUGCGCAAGAAGCCCCACGACAACGCCCAGCUGAUCACGGGUGUUGACUUCCACGGCAACACCGUGGGGCUGGCCAAGAAGCUGGUGAUGUGCACCAGGGACUCGGGCGGCGUCAACCAGGAUCACAGCACCAACCCCAUCGGCGCCGCGUCCACCUUGGCCCACGAGAUGGGGCACAACCUGGGCAUGUCCCACGACGAGGACGUCGCUGGCUGCCGCUGCCCUGUCCCCAAAGCUGACGGGGGCUGCGUCAUGGCAGGGAGCGUUGGGCUGGUUUACCCCAAGCUCUUCAGCCGCUGCAGCGAGCAGGACAUGUGGCAGUUCCUGGGGGACCCGCGCACCAGCUGCCUGCUGAACGCGCCGCGGGCGGACGAGCUCUACGGGGGCCCGGUGUGCGGGAACCAGUUCGUGGAGCGGGGAGAGCAGUGCGACUGCGGCACGCCCCAGGAGUGCUCGGACCGCUGCUGCAAUGCCACCACGUGCCAGCUGAGAGAGGGAGCAGAGUGUGCCCGAGGGGAAUGCUGCCAGGACUGCAAGGUGAAGGCUGCAGGCACGCUCUGCCGGGCCAGCAAGAACGACUGCGACCUCGCCGAGCACUGCAGCGGCCUCAGCGCCGAGUGCCCCGAGGAUGUGUUCCAGGAGAACGGCAUCUCCUGCCAGCACGGCAGCGGCUACUGCUACAACGGGGCCUGCCCUUCGCACGGCGAGCAGUGCCGGGCGCUCUGGGGCGCAGAGGCGCAGGUGGCUCCCGACGUCUGCUUCAAGCACAACAGCGAGCAGCACGUCCACCUGCACUGCCUCACCGAGUACGGCAAGCAGCCCUGCAGCCCCAAGGAUGUCAAGUGCGGCACGCUGCUGUGCCUGAGCGACAAGAGCCAGCCCAUCCUGGGCAGCGGCUACUACUCCUUCGGCUACUACUUCGGCCGCUUCAAGUGCAAGGCGGUGAUCGCGGGCAGCGACGCCGGCGAGGCGGCCGAGCUGCGGCUGGUGCCCACGGGCGCCAAGUGCGGCGAGGAGAUGGUCUGCUACGCCGGGCGCUGCCAGAACCUCCUGGUCUACGGCGACAAGAACUGCUCGGCCAAGUGCAACAACCACGGGGUGUGCAACCACCGCCGCGAGUGCCACUGCGAGCCCGGCUGGGCCGCGCCCUACUGCGAGCAGGAGAUCUCAGGGAUCGCCGCAGGCAGCGGCAGCGCGGCGCUGGCGGCCGGGCUGGCCGUGCUGGCGCUGGCCGGCGCCGGGCUGGGCAGCGGCCUGCUGCUCCUCAGAGCCAGGGCGGCGCGGCGCUCCCACAAAGGGAGCUCCAGCGGGACUCCCUCCGGCCUGGCCAACCCGCUGUUCCAGGAGGGCGGCCGGGCGCGGCCGUGCCGCCGCCAGCUGUCCCGCAGGGACAUCGGCCAGCCCAGCCUGCUCAGCAGCACGGCAGCGCCGCGGGGCCGGGCACACAGCCCCGUGACGGCCCGGGCACAGAGCCCUGUGAGGGCCCGGGCACACAGCCCCGUGCUGGCCCGGGCACACAGCCCCGCGCCGGCCCCGCAGCCACCCGCCCCCGGCCCGCUGGGGCCGCCUCGC